GUGCUUUUGAAACGUCUAGAUCAAGGUCAGAAGUUGUGCUUGAUUACUAUGGAUUAUUUUGAAACCACAUAUCAAUGUCUAAUACCGUCGUUCAUGCCGGCCGUAACUCAUCCGCUGACCUAUGCUAGGACAAUGAUGUUGUUGGGAUAUGAACCAUUUCCUCCUGUUCGUCGAUUUACUUUACGUAACAUACUAGAUUCGAAAUAUGAAGCAUUGUACUACCCAAAUGUUUUCACUUACUGCAAGUUUCCUUAACAAUUAUUUCAUUGUGGUUAAAGGUCGUAAACUUCGCCAAGAGGUUGGGUUAUAUGGAAUUUUCACCAUUGGUCUUCCUGCUAAUAUUCUUGGAUCAUUUGUUAAAUCCUACUCAACUACCAUCACUAUGGAGUACUUAACCCCGGAUUCCUUUGAGAAGAAGUCAUAUUUUGAAACUGAUAAAGGGAUCAGAAUUUUUUUAAUCAGUACGAGUAAAUGUACUUUUGCUCGAGUAAUUGGUGUUGUUGUCAGUUAUCCAUUCCAAGUCAUAAUGAUUCGCCAAAUGUCACAGUUUCUCAAUGGAGUACGAUUAUAUGAUUCUAUUUUAAACGCUUUUCCUGCCAUACUAAAAAAUGAAGGCUUUUUGAGUUUCUUCAGUGGUUUGACACCUAGAAUAAUUGGAGAAGUCAUUACAGUUUGGUUAACCGCUUGUCUUGCUUAUGCUUUCAAUAAAUAUAUUUUUAAAGACUCUAUCGACCCUUCUUUGAAAAAACAUACUCCUUUUGUAACUGAGAUAAUGGUAAGUGGUGCCACUCAUGGACUCACAGUCACUUCCACAGUUAUGGCUGCUGCUGACUCAGCUAAUAACGUCGUACCUGUGUUUAACAAUUGGUGGCAAUGUUAUUCCUACCUAAAUCGAUCGGAUGCUUUUGUUAGAGGAUCAUCUCUAUUUUUCCGACGUGCUCCAUCACCUAUGUCGAAAUUAUAUGGUUAUAGUCAAUGAAACUGUAUCGAUAUGCUUUCCCUCUCUUGUUGUAGAAUUCUUUUGUUGAAUCAUGAAAAUAAAGUGUCAUAGUCGAUUGA